GCUUUGUUACCCCGCGUGCGGCAUCUGCCGGGGGGCGGUUGUCCCCGCCCGCCCCGCGGAGCGCUGUGGAGGCGGCGCGGCAGGGGCGCCCCGGCGGCAGGCCCGCCCCGCGCGGUGCCCGCCGUCACUGCCGCGAGCGGUUGGGCCGCCGGCGCCUCCCCCGCCGCGGCGGCCUGAUGCGGCACCCGGCGCCGCCCCGCCUGGGCUUUUUCUCCCCUUUUCCCCGAAUUCCCUCCGCCUUGUUAUCUCCGGAGGCGAGGCGGGGGCGGUGACGCCCCGUGCCCGGUGCGCCGGCCAUGCGGGGCGCGGCCCCCGGCGGCCCGGCAGCGGGCGGCGGGCGCUGAGAGCGGGCGGCGGCGGCGGCGGCGAUGCCGAUGCCGGGGGGCGGCGGGGCCGGAGCCGCGGCCGCCGCCAGGCGUCCCCCGUCCGGCGAGGCGGCGGCGCGGGACGAGGAGCAGCAGGAGGAGGAGGGCGAGGAGGAUCUUCGCGACGGCGGCGUCCCCUUCUUCGUCAACCGUGGGGGGCUGCCUGUGGACGAGCCCACCUGGGAGCGGAUGUGGCGGCAUGUGGGCAGGAUCCACCCCGAGGGGGAGCGGGUGGCGCAGAGGAUCCGGGGCGCCGCUGACCUGCCCAAGAUUCCCAUACCAAGUGUGCCUGCGUUCCAGCCGUCCACCCCCAUCCCUGAGCGCCUGGAAGCUGUACAGCGCUACAUCAGGGAGCUUCAGUACAAUCACACCGGGACACAAUUCUUUGAGAUUAAGAAGAGCAGACCUCUGACUGGGCUGAUGGACCUGGCCAAAGAAAUGACCAAAGAGGCCCUGCCAAUAAAAUGCCUGGAAGCUGUGAUCCUGGGAAUUUACCUCACCAACAACAUGACCACGCUGGAUCGUUUUCCCAUCAGCUUCAAAACCCACUUCUCAGGGAACUACUUCCGACACAUUGUACUGGGGGUGAACUUUGGAGGCCGCUAUGGGGCACUGGGCAUCAGUCGACGUGAGGAGCUCAUGUACAAAGCACCCGUCUUCCGCACACUGAGCGAACUCAUCUUUGACUUCGAGGAGGCAUAUCGCCGCUGCUGGCACACUCUCAAAAAGGUGAAGCUGGGCCACUGUGUGUCCCACGACCCACACAGUGUGGAGCAGAUUGAGUGGAAGCACUCCAUCCUGGAUCUAGACAAGCUGACCCGGGAAGACUUCCGCAAAGAGCUUGAGAGACAUGCCCGUGAUAUGAGGCUGAAGAUCGGCAAAGGAACUGGGCCACCAUCUCCCACCAAGGACAGAAAGAAAGAUGUCUCCUCCCCACAAAGAGGUCAGGCCAGCCCCCAUCGGCGCAACAGCCGUGGGGACCGACGGCCAUCUGGUGAGAAGAAGCCUGCCGAUUCCAAAGCCAUGCCAGACCUCAAUGGGUACCAGAUCCGGGUGUGAAGAGAGCUGUGCCUUGUGUGCCUGGCUCCACAAACUUCUUGCUGGCCACAACUGGGACCUGGAUCCACCUGCAGUGAUUCUGACAAAGGGGACAGGGGAGUGGAACAGAGUACUGGUCUUCCCAGGUACUUCCUAGUGGGCCGGUCCCAGAGCUGGAUCCCAUGGGUCCCAGAGGAUUCACCUGCCUGUUUCUGGGAGAGGUGUCCAUCUUAAUUCACUGAAAGAAGUAUUUUUAAAAAAAUAAAAAAACGUCUGUACGCUGGUGGGAGUUCGCUGCAGGAAGAAUAUGAAGUGAGUGGGGUCAGCCAACUUGCUAUCAAUUUUGUUGUGUUGACAGCAAGUAGAUGAAGCAUCUUGUCAACAGUACUUCUUCCCUGUCUGCAUAGAAGUCUUCAACCUAUGCGAGGCCUGCAGGGCUGAGGGGGAAAUGAUGCUGCAAUGGGAUGGCCCCCAAAUCUUGUGCAAAAACUCCUCAUUUUGUUAUUAUGAACACUUUGUUUAGCAUUGCUCUUGUGAGAGACAGGGCUGAAUUUGCUCAGCCUGAUUUAUUGAUCAUACAUGGGCUUCUCAUCUGGAGAAACCACAUCCUUUGUGUUUAGUCCUGCCUAUUUCAAAGCAUUUCAUUGUCUAUGAGGGGGUAGACAGUGGGAUGAUGAUCCUCUUUACCCGCUGCAAUGCUGGUGAGCUAUUGCUGUAAGUCCUUUUGUGGUUGAGCGCGUCAGGAUAUGCCCGUGCCAUUACCAUAUGAAAACAGGCACAGGAACCUCAGUCAUCCCGGCAGUGGAGACAGGGGCUGGUGGGAAGCCUGAACUUUGAGUCAUCUGCCUAUCAGCCUUCUCUCUAUUAACUUCUAGUGACUGCUGCUGUGAAAGCUUGCAGAAGGCACUUCAGCCACUGAGGUAUGAGUUUUAAGACUAAAUAGUUAAAGAAGGAUUUAAUUAUGUGAACAGGUUUUACAAGCAUUUCUCCUUUCCACAAGGGUAUUGCCCCUUUAUUCACUGUAGUGUUACAGUUACAGACACCUGUUGGUGGAAAGCCCUGCUCAAGGACAUUGCUACCACUUUCCUGACAGCUCAGCCUGAAGCUGCCAGAAGGUAGUUCUUCACCCCAGUCCAGGGCUGUGCUUGUGUUCUGGCUCUCUGGAUAGCUGCAGUAUUUAACAGGUCCACUUACGGCAGCCUACCCCAAAGGGCUGGGCCCUUCUGCCUGCUUACAGCCUUGACUCUUCCUACACUUCUUUUCAGGGGAGUGUUGUAUUACUGAUUAAGCAGUGUAGCACUUGUCAGAAAUCUGGAGUGUUGUCAGAGCUCUCUUUGAAGCCUAGGGCCUGGAAACAAUGGGGUUGCCUGAAGUCAUAACAGCAUGGCCUUGAAGUGAUCUGGUGUGUGCAUCUAGGGCAGGAGUGUCAAACUCAUUUUCACCGGGGCUGCCACGUCAGCCUCGCGGUUGCCUUCAAAGGGCAAGAUUACAUCCGGCCCUUUGAAGGCAACCGCAGGCUGAUGUGCGCGACCCGCCCCCCCCCGCCCAGGUGAAAAUGAGUUUGACACCCCUGAUCUAGGGGGAUGCAAAAACUGAGCUUGGGAGUGUGAGUAUACUUUAAAGAAACUGAGUCUUGUUUUAUCGCAGCACAGAUGAGGAAAUAAACUUUAUGAAAUACUACACAUUUAAUUUUGUUAGAACUGGGCUUAUUCUUUCCUGUGACCUUGUUAAAAACAUGAUGGAGCUUAGUUCUACCAGGUUUUUGUUGCAGUUUUGCUUUGCCACACCCUCACAUAAGCAGUGCUAUUUUGGUGGCAGAGAAUGGAUUCUUAUCCCUAAACAAAUCAGCUCUCUGUUGAGUUAAAGCAGUGUUAAUCCUUGAAGCACCACCCACAGCGAUUUAACUCUGGCCUUACAAGUUCCUAAUUGUACAUCCUUAACUGUGAUGUAACUUGCAAGGCGCUAUAUCCAUCCACUGCAGUCUGUCCUUCCAAGCUCUCUUUGUAGCCUGUACUUUUUUGCUAUGCUGUAUGACCAGGAGGACAAUCCACAGGGAUGUGGUAGAACUUGCUGCUGAUCCAAAAUAAAGUUAAUCCAGAAGAGGAUGCCAGUUUCCAGAGUACAGCACAAUACCUGUCCCCUCCCUUGCACUCCAACUACACACAACAAUUUGAAAUUAGACAGCUGGAGCGAGCCAAGCACCCAUGUCAGUGUGUCCUCUGGUCAGUUUUGUGUGGCUGUAAAUUAACAUAUUUAGUGUCUAGAUGCUAACAAUGAUGUUAGCUGCAAAGGUACGUUACCUGUAAAUAAUAUGGGUUACCUGGAAGCCACAAACUGCCUUUGCAUAAUGUUUCCUAUGCAGCGGACUGAAAGUUAGGUGACACUGUGAAUCAAGGGAUAAAUACAAGCAGCAGUCAGCAAGGAAGACUGAAUGUCAGGUUUUAUUAAAGUGGAUGAAAUCCAGAAAAAAAUACAAAAGCUGCUUAGAUAAAACUAGGAUGCAUCCUUGCCAUGAUUUUGGUUGGCUGGUUAAUUCAGAGUAACUAGAAAGCUCUUGAGAAUAAUUAGUAGCUUCAUACAGAGCACAUUAAAUAGCUGGACAGACUUGAGCCUUUUUAGGUGGAAAGGAGGGGAAGUGUGUUGGUGAGAGGAAGACUUCAAAACAAAUGGGGCAAGUGAGGAGUCAGCUGCAAGCUGAUGAUGCUUUCUUGAUAGCAAGGCAAAAGGGAUGUUCAGCAGUGUUAGAUCACCAGGGCAGUAUGGCUUAAAACAAAAUGCUUUGUUUGACUUAGUAAUUAAGGGCUUUCCUGCAGGAUGUGAGCAAGGCAAAUAGCUUAGAAAACCAAAGGAAGUGGAUGUUUAAAGAAUGAAUGACAGGUAAAGUUCAAGGUCUCUUAAUCCACAGUUGUAGCCAGACAAGAAUAUCCCUUUCAAGAUUUAGUUGCACAAUUAUGUAUGUUAGGAAGCAUUUAAUUCUUCUUCUGUAUCUAAUGUUGAUGACUUCUCAAGAUGGACACAGGAACAGAUAUAAGCCCUCUCCUAGGGUUACUAUUUCAAGCCUUCUGUGUGGUAGAAUUCCUGCCCCUUACUCUUUCUGUAUCUCCAGUUUAGCAGAUGGUCCAAGAAACUGGAAAAUGACCGAACAAUUCUCCCUUUCUUGCUCUUACUCUCCCCAUCUUUGUAACAAGAUGAAUCACUUCAACACAAAGCUUAGCUUCCUUGCUAACAAACAAGACAACAUAUCCCUAUGACACUGAGGAUUAGUGCAACCCAGUCUUAUGCUGUAUGAAACGUGAGGGUACAAUGAAAGAUGAACUUUUGCACUUCCACUUCUUUCCUCCCUCAUCCACCUGCUCUGGCUUCUGGUCUGUCUGCCUUUAACCAUACAGGGAAAAAAGGCUGGACGUGAGUUUUUUUCACUUCUGCAGCCUUAAGAGCUACAGAGAAGGAAUGAAAAUAAGGAACUGGCCUGUAACUCAUACUCCUUAGUGCCUGCAGAACAAAAAAGAUGGAUCUCAAGGAGUUCUAUUAAUUAUUUAAUGUUAAAUAUUAAUAUGAUCAUUCAUGUAGCUCUGAGGUGUAAAUUUCACUGUUCAGUAGGUCCCAUUUGGUGUCUGUGCUGCAGUGCAAGUCCUUCUGAACUCUGUGGAAGGAAACUGCAUCCAUACACUAGGAAUGGAGAGACACCGCCUAUGCUGUAUGUGAAGUCUGAGUGGGCUUUGAAAGACUUGAGCAAAUGCUGACCUGCUAUUAGCAAAACUAUUUUAAAUGUAAUGCAAAUCUUGAAAUAAGAAUUCCUCUUUAUACUUUUAUGUAGACAAGUCCCUUGGUACCUGGGCCAACUGCAUUUUUUUAAAUGGAUGAAUGGAUUAGUGAGCAAAACUUUCUGCUCUUGUGUCACUCUGAUAUAAAUUUCAUAUGCUAAAGAGUGGGAUUGGGAGUCCAGCAGUCUGUGACACACUAGCCUUUUUUAACUCUGAUAUGGUGAGCUUAAUGAGUUUUUAGGAACUUAAGGUAUGUUAGCAAGUGUUUUAGCUGGGAGUGGAGUGCUUUUUUUUUUCAGUUGACUAUUUUACCUGUGUGCCACUCUAUGAGUCAGUAUGUAGUAUGGCUGGAUCUACCAGAAUAAACAUCUCCAGAACAGUGGCUGAAACAUAGUUUCUGUUCAUGCAGUAGCUGUAUUACCGUUAUCAGAUCUGUUUAACGUGAAGAAUUUUUUUUUUUUUAAGUAUUUCAGGUGAAAGCCUUAAUCAGAUGUCUGCCCCUUAAGGCAGGCUCACAUGUGGUGUUGUAUAGACUGAAACAUGACUGUCCUUAAAAUUGCAGAGUUUAAGAAACCAUAACGAACAGAAGAAUGCUCCUGGUGCCAAAGGGCAACAGUCUGGAUUAGAUGGGUUUAACCUUGCUCCACUGGCUUGGGUUAAUCACUUCCGGUGCUUGCUUUAGCCACUUGUUGCUUCUAAGUGAAGUAUUUCAAGUGGUCCUGAUGAUCAGGCACUAGAUAUAAGCAGGAGGUGCCCUGUGUCCCAUGCAAACUGUGCAUGCAAGUCCGGCUGAAAUAACGCCGCCUGUUCCAGUGGUCUUGCACUGUUGUCCUGUCAACACUGAGACCUGCAUUAUAGAUUUAUAAGUUAACCUAAGAAAGCAAGUGCUAUUCUGGCUUGGUGUUUUCUCUGCCAGAGCAAGGUGGAUUCGGUCCCUCUACAGCCAAGCUGAAUUCCUUACAGAAUGUAAUAUUUUUGUCUGGUUUCUGAGCAGGUGUUUACUUGUGUCACAACCACUUUCCUUCAGUGGUGCCCUGGCCCCCUUUGCUCAAGAGCAACUCAUCUUAGGCUCAGAAGGCUACUGAAUCCCCCAUAAUCUCUGCAGAGCAGAGAUUUCCUCCAGGUCAGGGUUGCGAUGGUGCUAGUGGGACCAGAGUGGUCCCCUUCCAUAUACAUCAGUAUUCUACUGUAGCACUGAUAGGGUGCUCCAAAGCCAUUUACAUCUUUAACACUGGUACAGCUCAGCACUAAGAAAUUGAAGGUUUCUUUCUUUAAGAACAAUAUCACAUGUGUCUUUUUGUAAUUAAUCAGUGUUGUUCUGUGUUCUUAUGUAGCCAACACAGAACUUGUACUUAGAUUUAGUUCCUACUGCACUUCCCAUAGCCCUCACAUUGAUACUUCCUCCUGUUUCCUUUGACAUUUAAACAAUAAAAUUCCCUCUGUACUGCUCUCAGCUUGUGCAGAGAAAGCAAGAUGAAA